AUGGGGCCUUCAGCGAUUUUCAACACUGGAAAGGACUCCGCUGAGGCAAGGAGCCAGCUCAUCGUUCGCUUCUAUGAUCCGGAUAUCAAAGCCAAAGAUGCAAAAAAUCGCACGCUAGAGGAAAUCCUGUCGUGGCCGGAUUCUCAGCUUGAGUCUUCACACAACUACAUUCAGAUGCUAUUUCCAUUGCCAGAGGGUUCUAUGUUCAACUGGGACGCACCUGUCAUUGAUCUUGCAGUUAUGCAAGCAUUCCGUUCGCGAAGUGAACUUCGCCAUCAGCUGCGCCGAAGCUUUGAGCGUAUGCUCAAGUUCUACGGCUUCAGGGUGUCCAUGAAACCGGAGAACGAGGGUGACGAGAAAGGCGCUGUUUCUGAAGCUACUCAGGCUGAUGCAAAUACGGACUCUCCCACCAAUGCAGAUACUUCUGGUUCAAGGGCCAAAGCAACCUCAAGCGAGUCCAUCUUCCCUCCUGGAACGCACAAAAAUGGUUCAGUCUCAAAUCCGCCACCGUACCACAUUAUUCGCACCUCCAGCUGGCGUAGACAAUUCCAGAACUGGGCUGGCUUGUUUGAUCACAAUCAUCUCCGCCUUACGCGUAUCCUCCGCUGCCUUCGUGUGCUGGGUCUCCAGAAGGAAUGCGAUGCCUUUUUCAAGGCUUUGGAGCAUGCGUUCCAUAACCCCGAAACUAGGAUCAGCGAAAAGUCCAUGGGCUUCUGGCGGUUGGCUGUUACGCGCCCAUUGCAGUGGGCGCCCGAUGGUCAGAAGUGCAAGUGGCUCGAGGCCUGGGAGCAGGAGCAAGAGAAUGAAAAGUGA